AUGCUGCCGUUGUCUAUUCCGCGGUUCCCCUUCCCCCCCAGCCCGCCAUCAUGGUACGCCGGACAUAUGGCCGCAUUUGUUAACUCGCUGCCCAAGCUUCUGUCUACCACCUCUAUUGUCUUGGAAGUGCGGGAUGCGCGGUUACCCCUCACAUCGGUAAACCCUGCUUUCGAGACGGCGCUCCGACGAUAUUGGGCGAGCGCAGAGUUGGAGGGGAAAGAGAGGAUCAUUAUAUACGCCAAGCGGGAUCUGGCCGAGAGGAGGUAUGAAGAGCCAUUGAAGACCAUGUUCAAGAAAUUCGCGAAUCAGAGAGUCAUGUUUGCAAACACAGGCCAGCGAGGGGACGUCAGGCGAGUACUUGAUGCCAUCACUAAUAUCGCUGAGAACAAUAAGGAAACGCAUCCUCGUGCAGAAGUCCUUGUCGUCGGUAUGCCAAACGUCGGCAAAUCCAGCCUGCUGAAUGCGCUGCGCAGCUCCGGUAUCCAAAAGGGCAAGGCUUUCCGCACCAGUGCGACCGCUGGCCUCACUCGCAAGUUCACCGGCCAUGUUAAGAUCCAUGAAGAGCCUGACAUCUAUGUGAGCGAUACACCUGGUGUCAUGGUGCCUUAUCUCGGACGCGGGGAAGCUGGAUCGGAGAAGGGGAUGAAACUUGCUGUGACUGCCGGCAUUAAAGAAAGCCUAUACGACCCGGAGCUGCUAGCCUCCUACCUCUUACACAUACUUCCGAUCAAGGCGAAUAUGCCAUUCGAUCUUCCCCAUCCGUAUAGAGGGCUUUUGCCCGAAUACGGCGGGUCUUUUGCGAACCUAGUUCCACCCUCUCAUGACCAAACACCUCUUCUCGAAGCCCUAGCGCAGCGCCUAGGUCGAGUGAGGAAGGGUGGCUUUCCUAAUACUAAUCUAGCGGCCAUCUGGUUGCUAGACUGGUUCCGUAAAGGAGGGGCCGGGAGAUGGACGAGCGACUUUGAGUCCGCUGGAGGAUUGAAGGGGGUAGAGGAAACCGUCCGCCAAUGGGUAGAGCAGGGGAUGGGCAUCAUUGGUGAGGGCGAGUCGAGCCAAAACCAGGAGAGGAGAAAAAAGAUAGAGGAGAGGAGACAGAAGAGGCUCGAGAAGUGGAAGAAGACGCAUGGCACGAGGGCGGUUGCGGCUGCGGCAUGAACAAGCGACCACCGUGUCUUUGGCGGCGGUCCGCUCAACCUCGACAACACGAACGAGUUGAACGAGCACGAUUCACGAUACAACUCCCCUGCUGAAUAUUUGGCUGUUCCAGCCGUAUCUGCAUAUCAGCAAGAUGGCGUCCUAUCUUCAAGGGAAU